CGCUGGAGUGCGGGAUACCGGCACCGCUCGUGUUUUGUUGGUUUACAAGCCCAAGGCUGCGGGUAGUUGUGUACCGCGGGGCUCCGGCCAGGAUGGAGGUGUCGGAUGUGGAGUGCAGCCAGGUGAAGCGGUUACUGAGACAGCACGGCCACAAGUGCCUGCUCUUGGACUGCAGGUCGUUCCUGGCUUACAGUGCCCACCACAUCAGCGGCUCCCUCAACGUCCGCUGUAACACCAUCGUCAAACGCAGAGCCAAGGGCUCCGUCAAUCUGCAGCACAUCAUCCCGGCUGAGGAGCCCCGCAGCCUGCUGCAGGCUGGCUUCUACUCUGCCCUCGUCCUGUACGACGAAAGGAGCCAACAAUUCGACCUGGUCCGACAAGACAGCACCGUCAACACGGUCCUCAACGCGCUGUCAGCAGCCUCCUGCCCGACUCACAUCUACUUCCUAGCGGGAGGAUAUGAGAAAUUUUCUUCAGAAUAUCCUGAGUUCUGUGUAAAAGCAAAAAGUCCAUCUGGAAUCUCAACAGUGUCCAUCAUUGAAUCACCUGAAACAAGCUCGAGCGCCUGUGGGACUCCACUGCAUGACCAGGGUGGGUCCAGUGGAAAUUCUCCCUUCCUUUAUCUUGGAAGUGCACAUCAUGCUUCAAAAAGGGACACACUCGACGCCAUGGGGAUUACAGCUCUCUUGAAUGUCUCUUCCAACUGUCCAAACCAUUUUGAGGAUCAUUAUCAGUAUAAAUGCAUUCCAGUGGAGGACAACCAGAAAACAGACAUCAGUUUUUGGUUCAUGGAAGCAAUAGAGUACAUUGAUUCUGUCAAAAAUGUUGAUGGCCGAAUUCUGGUUCACUGCCAAGCUGGGAUCUCGAGGUCUGCCACCAUCUGCCUUGCCUAUUUAAUGAUGACUAAACGAGUGCGGCUGGAAGAGGCCUUUGAGUUUGUUAAGCAGAGACGGAGCAUAAUCUCGCCCAAUUUUAGCUUCAUGGGACAGCUGCUACAGUUUGAGACACAGAUCCUGGCCUCCUCCUGCUCUGUAAAAACUACCAGUCCUUCAGGAGCUCUCAGGGAGCAGAACAAAGCAUCAUCGACCCCAACCUCACAGUUCGUCUUCAGCUUCCCUGUGUCUGUCAGUGUUCACUCAACUCCAAAUAAUCUGAAUUACUUACCCAACCCGAUCACAACAUCACCAACUUACUGAAGGACGAGAAUUUGAAUACAUCUAUAAACUGCAUUCAACCAAGCAUCCAAUCGAGUAGUGUGUUAGACAAUCUGAUCCUCUCAUUGUAGAGGAAUGGACUUAAGAUAACCUUCAGUUUCACCAUAAAUAGACAGAACCGAAAAUGGCUAGCUUUACAUCUCAUUCCUGAACUGUUCAGACUGGAAGGUUUUCUUUGCAAUAAGUCACAAUUCACUUUUGAAUAAACAUGAAGUUUGACUUUCUAAUGAAAUAGUUUAUCUCAGUAUUUAUAUUGCAACAACUGAUUAAUGCAAGAUUCCUUCUCUUCAAGCAAGCUACCAGCAUGGUUCUCCAUGUUAAACUACCAGUAGGCAUCCCUCCACCAGUGUUAAAUCCUACUGGGACUUUAUUCUGGUUUUGUAUGAGGAUCUAGAAUGGAUGAAUCAAAUACAAAGCUCGUACUGUCUGUGUGGAAGACAACCUGCCAAUCAACAAUUCAUGCCAAUCUCCUGCCAUUUGCCUGACUGGUUGGGCUACACAAUGGACAGUUAGGAAAUCCUCAUCCUCCAUUCUCUCUGUGUUUUCUUGCUUGGAUUAAUCUGGUUUACCCAUUUUUUCUCAGCUUUCUGAGCUGACAGGUGGGUUGGAACAGAGCAGAAAAUCAAUGGGAAAAGAAAACACCAGCAUACAUUUAUUCAUGUACUUGAAGAUCUGUUUGUGGAGAUCAUCAUCUUUGUGAAACCAGUAAAAAGAUCUGUAAUGAUGAAAGGCAUCUUCUCAAGCAGUCCCUCAGGAUCGAGGAUGGCUUACCUUCGCUCAGGUUCUUGUGGUUUCUGAGGAGACUGAUGAGGUGCACCCAACUGCCUGUCCCAUCAGGCACUUACUGCCAAAUCUGUGGCAGUUUGUCAGGUGAUGUGCUCCUUCUGUUUUUGCCAGAUUUCUGUGAGUCUCUAUGUAUGGACUCGAAGUCUUCUAGACCAUCCUGAGGCUUUGUCUUUAUUAUGAGCAGCCAUGGACCAGGUGUUCACUAGGAGUCUAUUGGGGCUGUUGCAUUCUUUCAAGGAGGAUUUGUGUACAUCCUUGACUCUUUUCCCAAGAAAGAACUGGAAUAGAGCCCAAGGUGUUACUUAAAGUCCAAGAGCAGCUUGGAUUUCCCAUUUACACAGAUGAAGGAAUCUUCAAACCAGGUUACCAUCAUCAAUGAAAAGAAAUGAUUCGUUGUGGUCUGCUGGGAUGGACUUUUGCAGCAUUUCAUCACUGGAUUUUCCUGGAUGCCCAAAUCAUCGUUGUGCUUUGGGGGAAGCAGAUUCCCUCCUGGUAAUCCCACUGAAUCCUGCACCCAGUAGUCAGAAAACCAUAGCCAUUGUAACUGUUGAAAACAAAACUAUUUUGACUGCAGGGUCACCCCACUGUAGAGUGAAGCUAGCUGACCUAUGUUAUCCCAUGAUACAGAAGUAGCUAGAGAUAUGGUGUUAGCUGAGGUCAAGGGUUAGCACAGUAUCAUCUCACAGAAAUGCACUACCUUUUAAAAUGCAAAAAUAACAGAACUGAAAGCACAAUUUAAAAAAUGUGUGACUCAAGAAUCUUAUUGUAGCUACGCAGGGAGGCAUAAUGUUGAAUACAUUAGACCUUCAAGUUCCAAUACUGUGUGAGGGCCUUUGCUGUUUGGUUCUGUUCAGGUCACAGGUUUUUCAAUACCUAUUAUAACCAUUGAAAUCAAACUUUCCCAACAGCAAUGUCCUUGGAUUUAUUUGGAACUUGUUCCUGAUCAGCUUGGUUUGAGGAUCAUUAAUUAGCAUUCAAUGGAUGACUUCACCUUCAUUACAUGUGGUACCCUGUAGUUUUCUGGUGUUCAGUGGCUUUAUUUUCUUUUGAACCACUUUUCCAACUACUUACUGUGGUCCCUACACAGUUUAAAUAGCUCACCCAGAAGCUUCUGAAAGGCACCGUUUAGAACAUAUUCUUGACUUCAGCCUCAUUAGAAAGGUUGGGAGGGAAUUUUUUUUGACUUAUCUGUUGGUAGAGUCUGAAUGACUGGCUAAGCAUAAUUAGAUGGGAAGGAUCCACACUAGGUGGCACAGUAGUGCAGCUGGUUGAGUUGUUGCCUCAUAGCUCCAGUGACCCAGGUUCAAUACCAACUUCUAGUUCUGUCUGUGUGGGGUUUGCACUUUCUCCCUGUGAAUGCAUAGGUUACCAAUGGGUGCUCUGGUUUCCUCCCAUAUCCCAAAGAUGUGUGGGCUGGUGGGUUAAUUGGCUGCUCUAAAUUGCCCCUAGUCUGUGGGGUGAUUGUUAGGGUCUUAGGGAAGUUGAUGGGAAUCAGGGAGAAUAAAAUGGGAUCAGCAUAGGAUUAGUGUCAAUGGCUGUUUGGUGGUUAGUGUGAAUUGAAUGAUCCAAAGGACCUCUAUCUAAGCUGUGUUAGUGUGACACUCAGUACACACUGUGUACUGCACACUCAGAUGGUCAGGUUUCAGCGUCUCAGGUGCCACUGUUUAACUUCAACCUUUUUUCCUGGCUUUCAAUAUAACACCCAGAAUUUGCUGGGAUUGUAUUGGCUAUAUUAGCAUGCACACUGUUAAAAGUGUGCCAACAACUUGCAGCAAGGAAGAGGCUUGCGAAGCACAAAGAUGUUAGGUGGUGAGUGCAGCUCUACCAUUUACCUCUUUAAAAACUGAAUCAUGCCAUCGAGAAAUUGCUGGAUUUGAACUGUGGAUACAAAUUAAACUCACCACAGAAAGUUAGGGAUACCCAUUUUCUGGUAUGAGGACCAUGUCAUCAGGGUCACUCAACCUUGGAGGCUAUUCCUUCCUAUUCCGUUUCCUUCUCUGCCUUUCCCCAUAGCAGAAGGGAUGUUAGUAGAUAUUAGAAAAGGUUUUCAUUGAUUAAGGAGAUCUUGAUUCCAUCAUUCUACAAAGUUCUACUGACCUUUUGGGCAAUACUAAAUCAUAGUUCCAGUAAUGAGUGACACAAAAAUAGAUGGAAUCAAGAAAAGUUGAGAAGAAAAACCUUUAUUACACCACUGACCAUUAAAUGACUCACUUAAGGAGGUUUCUGCUGAAAAUAAUCAUUUAUUCAAUCCAAUUUUGAUAAUCUAUUAAUAAAAUUGUGUAAGAAUCUUACAUGUGAGGACCCAAGAUUGGUGUCUCAUCUAAGUGAAGAUCAGGACACAGAAUCAGAAUUUUGUGUUUAUAACCUAUAUCUACUCCAUGUUCCUGCUUACCAAGACUCCACACUGAAUCAAACCAUCAAAAAGUUAGCCCAAAUAAAAUAUACACACACAUGAAUGUUUUGAUAUUUGCACAUGUUAUUUAUGAAAAAGGAACAAUAAAUGUUAUUUUGAAAAUUGCUUGAGAAAAAAUGUACAAUAAGCGGUAUAUGAAUGUGGUAUGAUAUUUUAUACUUUAUAUAUCAAUCAUUUCAUUUCUCACUCUGAAGGUCAGAACCUCUUCCCGAAUUAUUUGUUGUCUGACCAGCUGUUUGUAAAAAUAAGAAAUAACAAGCGAUCUUUGC